AAAAAACGAGGGUCAGGGAAAAAGACAGCUGUAUGGGCAUUGAUAAACAGCUUCCAGAACCCUUUUCAAGACAGAGGAACAGGAAGCAUUGUUUUUAAUAAGGGACAUGACUGUAUCUGUAUUUGUAUGAGAUUUCUUAAAAGCAUAGAGUAAGUGUACAACAAAAUGGAAUCAAGAGAAGUGAUUUCCCUUCCUGCUUAUGGCAUUUGGGAACACAGUGCGUCAGCCCCGAGCCACGACGCACCCCCUCGGGGUGACUUGGUCUGGUCCGCGACUCUCCCCUCCCGGAUGGUGCCGCCCACGCCGGGGCUCGCCGUGCGCAGCGGGAAGAUGGCGGCGCCCAGGGCGGCAUGGCCCGGGCGGGACGAGCCCUGGAACCGGCUGGACGUGCCCUGGCCCGCCAACAGCGCCACGGUGCCGCUGGCGGCCCAGCACCCCGCAGUGAGGUUGCUGACGGCGCUGCGGCGGCGCUGCGAUAUCGCUGGGAAGCGGCUGUCGGGGCCGGGCCUGGCCGCCGAGGGACGCGUCCUGCGCUCCGUGCUCUACGCGUACCACAGCAGGCUGCUCCGGCACCGGCCAUACCUGGCCCUGCAGCAGGUAGAGCAAUGUUUGAAGCGCCUAUGGAAAAUGAAUUUGGUGGGCUGCCUGGAAACUCUGGUAGGACUGAUUCCCAAGAAAAAUGCAUCUGAAGCCCAUGCAGAGUGCUUGGUUCCCAGCCAACCUGUGCUGGAAACAGUGGCUUUGAAGGUGUUGGGAGGCUGCAAGCUCAUACUACGUCUACUGGAUUGUUGCUGUAAAGCUUUUCUCUUGUCCAUUAAACACCUCUGCUCAGAGGAAUUCAUACUCCUGAAUACUGUGGCUUCGGGGCUACUGAGCCGGCUCUGGAUUCAGUACAGGUGUGUAUUGCAGACCCUCGCAUCCUUGUACGAUGCUUUGUCGACAAUGCUUCAUCUGGUAUCUGAGACCCAACAGACCCCUUAUAUCAAGGGGUUUACCUUCCCUUCUGAUAUCUGUGACUUCCUUGGAGUUAACAUAUCUUCUGAGGCAAAGAACCAACAGGCUAAAAUGUUUACAACAAAAAAAUCUACCAGCUGGAUGAAGAAGCUCUGCCCAGCAAUGCCAGAGGCAGUAUCAAAGGUUGGGAAAAAGAGAAAAUCUGAGACCUGUAUAAGUGCCAUGAAACACUGUAACACCCCAUGUGCUGUGGACAUUGGAGAGAGAGUGGUGGCGCCCACAGCCAGGAGAGGGAAGCACCCAGGGUUUGAUGUGAAGAGUUUGCUUAGGCCAGCCAGACAUCCAGCACAAGAGGCUCUAAGCAUUGCAUCAACACUUUUUAAAGCAAAGUCAUCACCACUUUCAUCUCGGAUAGCAAAAUCACAGCACACUGGAUCUCUUGUACAGAUGAUUCAAACAGCUGCAUCAUUUGGGGAGUUGUCAGAAGCACUCAGAAAAGCUAUUCUCUGGUGCAAAAACAACAAAUUCAAAUCAGAAGCUUAUUUUCUGCGUAACAAGUUGUUGAAAAGCAACCGGCUGCACCAUGUGGAGGCUCAAGGAUGCAGCCUGAAGAAGAAGCUGCACUGUGUCAAAACGUCUGUCCGUAAAUAUCUCCUGUACGGGUCACAACACACGCGCUGGCCAAGGCAGCACCUCAGGGCACAGCUCUGCCGAAGGAGGAUCAGAUCAUCUGCACUCUUGAAGACAGCUCUAAAGACUGGUGGGCAAAAGCCUCCUGAGUGUUUCAGGGUCUGUGAGAACAGUGCAUCACUCAUCCUCCCAGCUUACCAGGAUGGGUCUCUGAAUCAGGAAGAACAUUCCAGCAUUGAUACAGGACCUGUCAGACUAAGCACAACAGGGACCUCUAAGCAGCUGCUGCUGGAAGGAAGCCCUGGCCCUGUGUGGAAAGACCUUGCUGAGAACACAGAUAUUGAUUCUAUUUUUGCAACAAUAGGUGUCUGACCCUGGACUUGAAGGAGGAAAGAGGUCAAGUCAUUCUGGUUUUUUUGUUUGUUUUGUUUUUAAGUAAACCUGAACCCUAAUGGUGUCUCAGUAACUGACAUCCUGGAUUCUGUUAAGAAAGUAACUACCAUUUUAUUAUGUUUUUGUAAAACAGCUUUUUUUUAAUGGCUGAUUUUUAUAUUUUUAAGGGUGUUCCAAAUAAUCAAAGUGUUAAGAUGUUAGAAGUGUGAAAGUGUUCAAGGGUGUUCCAAAUAAGAAUAGUCUGUCCUUUUACCUACCCUUGUCCAGAAACAGUGACUUUCUUACCCUUA